CCCUCCCUGCCCUCUUACUGAAAGCACUAAUAGGGAGCGGCGGCUGCGAGGGGAGGGGCAGAGCGCGCUAGCAUGUGAGUCCAGAAGGACUGGGUGGAACUGCGCAGGUGAGUCCGCGCUCUCAGUCCUUGGUGGCGGGCGCCUUUUCCUGGCACGGUGCUUGGGAAGCGGGCAGUGGCGGUCCUGCGCUGAGUCACUUUCUUGGAGCUGGCGGGCCUGGGAAUCUCCUGUACAUUUUUGUGUGAUGAGCCAUACUCUGCCUUUUGCUGCUUUGCUCAUGGGACUAUUGCUGACACGAACCAUGGCUUGGACCUCAAGUGGGAAGACACAUGCUGAACUGCUCAACAAUCUUUACAAAAAUGGUGUAAUUAAGUCUCAACGUGUCUAUGAUGUGUUGUUGGCCACAGAUAGAGCCCACUAUAUCAAGUAUUUCCCCUAUAUGGACUCUCCUCAAUCAAUUGGAUACAAGGCUACAAUCAGUGCACCUCACAUGCAUGCUCAUGCCCUUGAGUUACUGAAGGAACAGCUAGUGGAAGGAGCAAAAGCAUUGGAUGUAGGAUCAGGAAGUGGAUACCUCACAGCUUGCUUUGCUAGGAUGGUAGGUCCCACAGGGAAGGCAGUCGGCAUUGAACACAUUGAAGAGCUAGUUCACGAAUCCAUCAGAAACGUCAAAGAAGACGAUCCAACUUUGUUGAGCUCUGGCCAAGUAAAACUUUUAGUUGGAGAUGGCAGGAAGGGAUACCCUGAAGAAGCCCCUUAUGAUGCCAUCCAUGUUGGAGCAGCUGCACCCACAGUACCAGAGGCGUUGCUGAAUGAGCUGAAACCAGGAGGACGACUAAUUCUGCCAGUUGGGCCAGAAGGUGGAAACCAGGUUAUGAUGCAAUAUGACAAGACAAAAGAAGGGCAGAUUGUGGAAAAGCAGCUGAUGGGGGUGAUAUAUGUUCCUCUGACAGACAAGGAGAAACAGUGGCCUCGGGGUGAACUUUAAAAAGACUUAAAUCACUUGUAAAGGAUCUUUGGAAAACCUGUGAACUACGUUUGGAAGGAAUAGGUAUUCAUAUGGCAUAUAUGCAAACACAUGUAUAAGUGGACCUUUUUGAUACUGCCUCAAAUACAAGUUUGGGAGAAUUUUUUCCACUAGCCCAACAAUUUAUGCAGUACCUCUAGCCCUAAGAACUCUUGCAGUUGAGGGGAAAAGCAGCACAAUGAGUUCAAAAGACAACAGCUAGUAUCAGUCUAACUGUCUUAUUUCAUAGAUGUGUAUGCACAGGGUUUUACUUGUAAGGAGGAAGAAAUUUAGCAAUGCAUCUGUGCGCUUUCUGUGAUAAAGCCUAUUUGGUUAUCUGAAAAUUGGAAAAUACUUUCCAUGUAGUCUGCUUCUACUGAAAAUAUACCAGAAAUCAAUUGCAUUUGUUAGAACGUAAUAAAAUAAUGGAUUUUGCUUUC